AUGAACGACGCUCCUCCACCUUACACCGAAAUCGGCACCGCCGUCAAAGCGGCCUUUCAAGCCGAUCCAGAAGGCGCUCGCGCGGCUCUCGCAAAGGUUCUGAAAGAGCAAAGCGCUUCGGUCCUGGUGAAACAGUCCAACGACCUCGCCUCUACCGUCAAGAUCCUGAAGAAAUCGUUCGAGAACGUCUCUCAGAGUCUAGUCAAGAUCGACAACGUGGUCAAAGACGGCGGGCCACGAUUCCCCGUCUGGCAGAAGAUCUAUCAGGACUACAAGAUCUUGAUCGACGAGACGCAGGAAGAUGCUAUUGCGACCAGAACCCAUGCCCAGCUGUACCUGGACGAUGUCUUGGAAAGCGCUGCUGAUAGUGAGGCCUCUCACGAAUCCAAAAUCGGAGAUAUCGACGCGUUCCUGAAGCUGAUCGACAACAAGAUCGCCAAUGCCAAGGAUUACAAGGAACGUUUCUUGGGCAUCAGAGAUCGAGUUGUGACGUUCCGAUCCAACCUCUUGGACUCGAUGGAUAACGAAGAGACGGCCACACUGAACGCCAUCAAAGAGGUCAAAAAGGACAUUGUCGAUCUCGAGAACAAGCUCGCGUACUGGCGCAGCAUGACCAAAGGAGCCCUCUGGUUCCUCGGAGGAGGUGUCACCGUCGGGGGUGCUAUCGUGGGCGGGGCCACCGCUAUCGUGGGCGGGGCCACCGUCUCGGGUGCAGCCAUUCUGGCAGGAGCUACCUCUGUCGCUGCUGUAUCCGCGGCGUUCGCUCCUGUGGGUAUCGCCUUGCUAGUGUUGGCGGCGUUGACGAUCGCGAUCUCUGGGAUCACCGCCUUGACCGCCCGGAUCAAAGCUAACAACCUGGCGGACAGCUUGGCAGAAAAGAAACGCCAGCUCUUGGACCUCGAAGCGCAACUCGCCUCCCUCAAAGAACUUAGACCGAUCGUCGAACGAGCGUCGGUCGAUAUGGAGACUAUCGGGGAUCAUUUGAUGAUCCUGUCAGACGUUUGGAAGGCGUUCCGCAACGACGCUCAAGAGGUCAAGACGAUCCUAGAACAAUGUCACCGAGACGGGAGCCAAUUCGAUGAGAAACGGGUAUCCACCGCGGUCGAGAUGUACCGAGGAUUGGUCCAAUCUAUGGGUACCUACGCGUCGCUGGUCUCCUAA